AUGUCAGGCAACCACGCACUCCAGACUAACAGUGUCGUUGGUCGGCAGCCCGACUUGUCCAUCACCACCCAUGGCUCCGACUGGUACUACACCGUCUGUGCCGUUAUGGGCUUCGCCACCAUUGUUUUCAUGGCUCUAGCCCUCAGGAAGCCGCAAUCCCAUCGCAUAUUCCACUACAUCACCGCCGGCAUCACCGCUAUCGCAUGCAUAGCCUACUUCGCCAUGGGGUCCAACCUUGGCCAGACCCCGAUCCAGGCCGAGUUUGUCCGUCCGUACAACCGCCAGGUCGCAGCCGCUGGCACCCGAGAGAUCUUCUACGUUCGAUACAUUGACUGGGCUCUAACUACGCCGUUGCUACUCCUUGAUCUUCUCUUGACGGCCGCCCUCCCAUGGCCUACCAUCUUGGCCGUCCUCCUCGCCGACGAGAUCAUGAUCGUAACUGGCCUCGUCGGUGCGCUCACCCAAACAAGGUACAAGUGGGGUUUCUGGACCUUUGGCAUGGCUGCUCUCUUCUAUAUUGCCUACGAGCUUCUGUUCGAUGCCAGAAAGCAUGCCAACGCUCUGGGUGGUGAUGCCAAGAAGAUUUUCAACCUCUGCGGCGUCUGGUUGAUCUUCCUCUGGUUCUUGUACCCCAUCGCCUGGGGCUUGAGCGAGGGCGGCAACGUCAUCCACCCCGACUCCGAGUCCAUCUUCUACGGCGUCCUCGAUAUCAUGGCCAAGCCCGUUUUUGGUGCUCUGCUGAUCUGGGGCCACCGAAACAUCGACCCUGCCAACUUGGGCCUGCACAUCCGCCAGCCCGCCCAUACAGCAGAGAAAUACCGCAACGGUAGGCAGGCCAACAACGGUGUGCACUCCGAGGGUCCCGGGUCUAACGUCGGCGGCACUGGCUCCGGGGUUGCCGGCACUGGCCACAGUGUCGGCAACAACGUCUAA